CCGAGAGCUUCAGCAGCCGUGACGACAGCAAUUGGACGCCGUCGCCCACGAUAACCGGUUGUCCGACAUGGCCAGCACACUUUUCAGAUCCCUCUUCGCUCCGGCGAUGAGGCCUGCAACCUUCCCCCGCGCCGCAUCUCUCCUCACACCGACUGCCGCCCCCCUCAUUCGCUCCUUCUCCUCCACUCCCGUCCAGAAUGCCACCAUCAUGCAGGUCUUGAGAGGCUGCCACAAGAAGGGCAAGCGUGCCCGUCACGCUGUCUCCCCCGCCCUGUCCGAUAUCAAUGCGCCCGCUCUCAAGGGCGUCUGCCUCAAGGUCGGUGUUGUCCGCCCGAAGAAGCCCAACUCCGGCCAGCGCAAGACUGCCCGUGUGCGCCUCUCCAACGGUCGUCACGUCACCGCCUACAUCCCCGGUGAGGGCCACAACAUCCAGCAGCACAGCGUCGUCCUCGUCCGCGGUGGCCGCAGUCAGGAUUGUCCCGGUGUGCGAUACCACCUCGUGCGUGGCGCCCUCGAUCUCGGCGGUGUGGCGAACCGUGUCUCCUCUCGCUCCAAGUACGGUACGAUGAAGCCCAAGAAGGCCACAGUGGGCUAAAUAUACACGGGGCUCGUUACGCGGCGUACGGAAUAUGGAAGCUGGAGGGAAAGCUCUUGGGGGAAACGGGUUAAGAGGCGUACGACUGGAAUUGCAUGUCCACGGGAUGUAGGAUCUGACUGGACAGCCUUGCGACAAACCAGGACGUGCAGUGUACUACUAUCACAUUGUACAAAAUAUCACAACAUUCAAGAAGCAGUUAGACACUGGACAAACACCAGCCGGCACUCCAUUUGCUAAUAUCUACAGAGCAAAAAAAGUGUCCAGAACCAUUGACGCCGCU